AUGGCGCACAUUACUAUUAACCAGUACCUGCAGCAGGUAUAUGAAGCAAUUGACAGCAGAGAUGGGAGAUCUUGUGCAGAGUUGGUAUCUUUUAAGCAUCCUCAUGUUGCAAACCCACGGCUUCAAUUGCCAUCACCAGAAGAGAAGUGUCAACAUGUUUUGGAACCCCCUUAUGAUGAAAUGUUUGCAGCUCAUUUGAGGUGUACUUAUGCAGUGGGAAACCAUGAUUUCAUAGAAGCAUACAAAUGCCAGACUGUGAUUGUCCAAUCAUUCCUGCGAGCAUUUCAGGCCCAUAAAGAAGAAAACUGGGCUUUGCCUAUUAUGUAUGCAGUAGCACUUGACCUUCGAAUAUUUGCUAAUAACGCAGAUCAACAGUUAGUAAAGAAAGGAAAAAGCAAAGUUGGAGACAUGUUGGAAAAAGCUGCUGAAUUAUUGAUGAGUUGUUUCCGUGUCUGUGCCAGUGACACUCGUGCUGGUAUAGAGGAUUCUAAGAAGUGGGGAAUGCUGUUUCUGGUGAAUCAGCUAUUUAAAAUUUACUUUAAGAUCAAUAAACUCCAUUUGUGUAAACCUCUAAUUAGAGCAAUCGACAGCUCAAACCUGAAAGAUGAUUAUAGCAUUGCACAGAGAGUUACAUACAAAUACUAUGUUGGACGCAAGGCUAUGUUUGAUAGUGACUUUAAACAAGCUGAGGAGUAUCUGUCAUUUGCCUUUGAGCGUUGUCACCGCUCGAGUCAGAAGAACAAGCGAAUGAUUCUGAUAUAUUUGCUGCCCGUAAAAAUGCUGUUGGGUCAUAUGCCAACUAUUGAACUUUUGAAAAAGUAUCAUCUUAUGCAAUUUGCUGAAGUAACCAAAGCUGUAAGCGAAGGUAAUCUCUUACUACUGAAUGAAGCUCUGACAAAACAUGAAACCUUUUUUAUUCGCUGUGGCAUUUUCCUUAUUCUUGAAAAGCUGAAGAUCAUCACUUAUAGGAAUCUUUUUAAGAAAGUAUAUUUGUUACUCAAAACACAUCAGUUGUCCCUUGAUGCUUUCCUAGUUGCCUUGAAAUUCAUGCAAGUAGAAGAUGUGGAUAUUGAUGAAGUCCAGUGUAUUUUGGCUAAUCUCAUAUAUAUGGGUCACAUUAAAGGCUAUAUAUCACAUCAGCAUCAGAAGCUAGUUGUGAGCAAGCAAAACCCAUUCCCUCCACUGUCGACAGUGUGUUGA